AUGCCAGUUCGGAGAGGUCAUGUUGCGCCACAAAACACCUUUUUGGGGAUAAUUAUAAAGAAAUUUGAGGGACAAAGUGAGUAUUAUCUUUGUGUUUUCAGAACAAUGUAUCUUUAAAUUCAUAAUAUUCAUAUUGGUGGGAAAUCUUAUUUGCCUUGCUUGGACACUUACAAAAUAAAUGAAGUUGAUAUUUUGUAUCUGAGUAUUGGUAUUUCGACAACACAUUUUUUAACAAUCAGUAAGACGAGAGCUAGUAUUGUUGUGCUUGUGAUACUUUAGAAGUGGGAGAGUUGAAGUUAAAAUAAUUUAAAUAUGGGAUAUCAUUGAGGAUUAUUGAAAAUGUUUUGAAGUAGCAACAACUUAUGUUUCUCCACAAGAUUACAUGGUAACAAUAAGUAGUAUCCAAACAACAGACAUAUAACCUUUUUCAAAUACUCCCACAUUUGAAAUGGUUAUGGUCAGGUGGUUAUGUGCCAGUUAUUAAAUGUGUAUCUCUCUGUUUUAUAGUAUGGCUAUGGCAUGAACAUCAAUCAAGUAGAAUGGAGCACAGACCUCAUGAAAAAAUAACGAAGCAAUGCACCCCUAGUCAUGAUAGGAAUGAAGGAGACAUUUUUCAUUUAUCAUCUUUAUAUUUUUUGAGGGAUUUAUUAUAUAGUGUAUAUUUUAUACUGUAUAUAAAGCAUCAUGCAGAGUGGUAUUUUAUCACAUACCUUUGAUGCUACCAUGAAUGUGUUAACCUACCCAUUCUUCCCCACUAUGAUAAUGCAUUCUUCUAUAUCUUCACAGAUAAGAAAUUUAUUAUAGCCAAUGCCCGGGUUCAGAACUGCGCCAUCAUCUACUGCAAUGAUGGCUUCUGUGAGAUGACCGGCUUCUCGCGGCCGGACGUGAUGCAGAGGCCGUGCACCUGUGACUUCCUCCACGGAGAGUUCACCAACAGACAUGCCAUCGCCCAGGUAGCCCAGGCUUUGAUGGGGUCUGAGGAGCGCAAGGUGGAGAUCACCUACCACCGCAAGGAUGGUGAGUACGGACUACAGAGUCCUCCUCACUGGGCUUCUUGCUCUUUCAUUUAUAUGAGAAAAUUGAGGCAAAAUCAG